CAAACCAGAGUCAAUACUCGGGUAACUAUGGAACUCUACACUGAGAAGUGAUAUGCUCUUGGCCGAAUUUAAAUUUGCCGUCAAAGCGCGUGUGUAGCGAUACAGACGCGAUACAAACGCGCGUCUACAGUGAUAAAAGAAACAACAAACUGCUCUGUAACUUAAAAACGCAUAUUAUAUAAAAUAUGGUGUGCACAGGUCUUAAUUUACAAGGUGCACUACAGAGUUUUGCUUUUAAUUCCAAUUUCAAAAACUAAACGCUCUCGUCAUUUGUUUAUCAUAACGUCAUUGUCAAAUAGCAAAACGUCAUUAACGUCAAAUUUAUCAAAACAAGACGUGAUUUUCCCGCGACAUCAAAACUUUGUGAGUGUUUUUAACACAAAAACUUUUCAUUAACAAUGAAUCCUACAGAUUUGAAAAACUUUAUAGAAGCUUUGGACACGGUAAAGAAAGAUUACACAUGUGGAGUGUGCAAUAACAUAUGUAAAGAACCCGUUGUACUAAAGAAAUGUUUUCAUCUAAUAUGUGCGGAACACACCGGUUUGAAACUCUGCCCAACCUGCAAAAUACCUUUAGAUGACUGUUCCACGUACGUCGAUGACCAGUUAAAAGUAUCUAUAGACUCCGCUAAAGAGUUAGACAAGAUAUUUGAGCAAUUCCGGCAAAAGGAACCCAGCGUCGCGUCUACUAAGAAACCUACUAAGAACGACUCCGUUCCCGCGUCUGUUAAGAGCGCUGUCACUUUAUCUAGUGCUAAGAAACCUCUGUCUGACAAGACGAACUCCCGCCCGGACUUAAGCGAGACUAUAAACUCGAAUUUUAGCUCAAAAUUCAACAAAACAAAUGAAAAACGCAACAAUAAAGGUGAAACAGCCCUCCAUAUUGUCUGCCGUCUCGGUAAGAUCGAUAGACUUAAGGAGUUACUGAGUUUAGGUGCUAAUACUAAUACUAAAGACAAUGCUGGCUGGACGCCUUUGCAUGAAGUCGUGCAAAAUGGCCGAUUAGACCUUGUAAAACUGUUAUUACAGUAUAAUACUUUGAUAGAUGUACCUGGACAAGGUAAUGAGACUCCCCUACAUGAAGCCGUAAGAUACAAUCAUGUAGAAAUCGCUGAAGAACUCGUAAAGCAUGGAGCCGAUAUGAACGCAAGAAACUGUAAAGGAGAAACGCCAUACCAACUAGCUUCGGUCGAUGUCAAGAACAGAUUACGGCUUGCAAGUGAUAAUAUACUACAAACGCAAAGCGUUAACGUCUCACACAUCGCAGCAGUGUAUACGGAGAUAGAAAAUGAUGAUAUUCGCUUGUUUUGCGUGUCCCAGUAUCGUAGUCUACUUAACAAGCUGAAACUGCUAGCCAAACACCACAGCAAUGUUAAUAUUGAAGCUAAAUUUACGAAAAAGGUCACGCAUUUGAUUGUAGAUACCGAAGACAGAGUAUGUAGUCCUAGUUUGGAUAUUUUGCAAGGAAUCGUCAGCAGCGUUUGGAUUAUAUCCUCAGAAUGGGCAACAAAGUCUACCGAAGAUCAUUUGGAACCUUUUGAGGAUUACGAAGUCCAAGGCGUUGGAACUAAAACAUAUAUGGGGCCAAGAAACUCUCGGUUUAAUAAGUACAAACAGUUACCAGGCAUUUUUAAUGGCUGCCAUUUCUAUUUACAUAAUUUUAAUACUAAAUAUGAGAUUUCAAAGUCAAUCGUACUAACGAAAGCUAUAUUAACAAAAUUAAUCACGGAUGCCGGUGGCAUAGUAUUACGAAGGGCGCCGAACCCAGAAUUGAUACCGGAAAACGAGAAAUUGGUACCAUACCAUGCAAAAAAAGAUGGCAAGCUAGUAAAUUGUUCACAUUAUAUAAUAUUUAAAGAAAUGUAUGAGCCUAUGUAUAAUAUGCAGCAUUUAAAGGCUCUGCCAAUCGGUUGGUUGAUAGAAUGCAUUGAAAAAUACGAAUUGUGUGAACCUUGGUAGCCUGUUUUUGGAAAUUACAGAAAAUAAUUGGAUAAGUAUCUUUAAAGUUGAAGAAUAUUUUGUUUUAAAUUUAUAAGCUCUCUAUUAUUGUACAAAAAUCAAAAUUUUCAUUGACGAUGUAAUUUAUAAUUUAAGAGAGAUGAUAUGAAAUUAUGGAGCAAUAUCUAAGUAUAGAAAUGUCUUAAUCUGCAAAUUGGAUUAUUUUGUUUUACUUGACUAAAUAAUGAAUAGUUAAGUUGUGUCAAGUUUCCAGUAUUGAGCCAGUAGUUUCUAAGAAUGUUUCAAACAUACUUACAUAAUCUUUUCAGACAUUUCAUUCAUUCAUUCAUUGAAAGAGUUUCUAUAAGUGAAACCAAACCACUGGUUUCAAGCAAGGAUGUGUUUAUAUUAAUGUUGUGUUUCAAAAGAUGCAUAGAAAAGUUAUUUUAUUACACAUCACAUUAAAUGGAAGCCAUAAUAAUUUAUUUUUAAGUUUAGUAUUUAAUUAAAUAAUAAGAAAAAUACGUUUAGUAAAUAACUAAAUAAAAAUGUUACAUAUAAGAUCAUGUUGUAUAAGGCGCUUUGCACACGGAGCAACUAUAGUUGAAGCAACUAUCAACUUUUUGGAAGGCUUCUGUGUGGUUUCUAUUUAAUACUAAUAAUGGCGUCUUAACCGAUUGUCGGCCACGGCGGCUGUUCUCAUAUAAGGACAUCAGCCAGCUGCGCAGGACAUAUUAUAGACACAAGCAUUUGCUUGGACUCAGGUGCACUCACUAUUCCUUCACCUAAAAAGCUAGUUGCUCCAUGUGCAAAAGCAAGUAUGAUCGGAAAUUAGUUGUGAGCCGCCAAUUAGUUUGGCGAGAACUAGCUACGUAUGAAAAAAGACAUCAUUAUGUUGUCAUCUACAUAUUUUUUUUGUAACCAUGAAGUUAGAAAUUAUUUUUGGGAUAAAUAAAUAAGUUAUAUAAUUUUUAA